GUUGUCUCUUUGCAGGAAGAACUCUGAAAAGCUGGUGAGAGAAGGCGACAUGCAUGAGGAGGCGUUUCCGCCCACCGAUUGUGUUGUGCUACAUGUUCUGUGAAAGGGCGCCUCAGCCAUGGAGGACAAGCGCAACAUCCCUAUCAUUGAGUGGGAGGACCUGGACAAGAAGAAGUUCUACGUCUUCGGCCUUUGCAUGACCAUGGUGAUCCGGGUCAGCGUCUACCCCUUCACGCUCAUCCGGACACGCCUGCAGGUCCAGAAGGGGAAGAGCCUUUACAACGGGACCUUCGACGCCUUCCUCAAGAUCCUGAGGGCCGAAGGGGCGGCCGGGCUCUACCGGGGUUUCCUGGUCAACACCUUCACCCUGAUCUCGGGCCAGUGCUACGUCACGACCUACGAGCUGACGCGCAAGUACGUCUCCCAGUACAACAACAGCAACACGGUCAAGUCGGUGGUGGCCGGCGGCUCGGCCUCCCUGGUGGCCCAGAGCAUCACGGUGCCCAUCGACGUGGUCUCCCAGCACUUGAUGAUGCAGCGGGUCGGCGGCAGCAUGGGCCGCUUCAUGGUGCAGGCCUCAGCCGGCCGGCGGUUCUCCAUCUUCGGGCAGACCCGGGACAUCAUCGCCCAGAUCUUCAAAGCCGACGGCCUGCGGGGCUUCUACCGGGGCUACGUGGCCUCCUUGCUCACCUACAUUCCGAACAGCGCGGCCUGGUGGCCCUUCUACCACUUUUAUGCAGAACAGCUUGCCAACCUGACGCCCCGGGACUGCCCGCACCUCCUCCUCCAAGCCAUAUCCGGGCCCUUGGCGGCCGCGACCGCUUCCACCCUCACCAACCCCAUGGACGUGAUUCGGGCCCGCGUGCAGGUGGAAGGCAAAAGCUCCAUCAUCCUCACCUUCCGGCAGCUGAUGGCAGAGGAGGGGCUGUGGGGGCUCACCAAAGGACUUUCGGCUCGCAUCAUCUCGUCCACCCCCUCCACCAUCGUCAUCGUCGUGGGGUACGAGACGCUCAAGAAGCUGAGCCUCCGUCCGGAGCUGGUAGACUCCAGGCAUUGGUAGUAUCAGAACCGGAGAGGCGAGGAGAGGCCGACCCCUCUCUGGAAUUCCUUCGGACCAUUCGUGGCCUGGCUGAAGACUCUCCCAAAGGCCGGCUCCCGGGCAGGAGGGGCCUCUCACAAAGCACGGCGAGGGGAGGGUUCAGUCCAAGCCGGCCACCCAGCCUUUCCCCAGUGGCUCCUCUUUGGACCGGUUGGCAGCCUUCUGCAGGUAAAACGCCUGCUGUAAAAAAAAAAAAAAAAUCAACAACCGUGAACCCGUUUGUGGGUGAGUGAAACCCCACACACUUCCUUUUCUGUUUUCCUUCCUGUCCACCUUUUUUCUUUUUUUUUU